AUGAAACUUAUAGUUUGCAAUGAACUUCAAAGUAUAGAUACAACAAAAGUUUUGAACUCAGAUGCUUUGAAGAGUCUUAUAACAGACAAAGUUGGAGUUGUUGAAAGAAAGUAUAAAGACCAAAGAGUUUGUGAAAAUGUUGCAAACUUCAUUAUGGUUUCAAACAAUGCUGUUCCGAUGAAGUUAGAAAGUUCUGACAGAAGAUAUGUAGUUGUCAGAACGUCAGAUUCUCAUAUGCAAGAUACAGAAUAUUUUGACGACUUAGCAGAAACUUUGACAUCUGACUUUUACAACCACUUGUUCUCAUAUUUCAUGACAUUAGAUAUUUCUAAGUUCAAUCCAAGACAAAUUCCACAUACCGAAGAGAGACAAACAUUGUUAGAAGCAAACAAGAGUGUAUAUGAACUGUUCAUAGAAGAAAGCGACUUUGAGUGUUUAGAUGAAAAGUCUUUAUAUGAUGAAUAUAAACAAUAUUGUCAAGAAUAUGGUUAUAUGGCAGCUUCUAAACGUACAUUCUUGGCAAAUGUCAAAAGUCUUUUAGACGUACAGAAUGGUGUAUAUACAAAGAAAAAUUUUUCUGAGUAA